AUGGACGACGCUGUCCGAACGACCCCAGCACGCUCCCCCUCGACGUCAUCCGCCCGCUCUCAGGAUGCUAAGCCUUCCGCCGCGCCUCCCAUUACGGCGACCAUCCCCGAGAUUGCUAAUCUGAGACUGGAAGGAAAUGGAUCCCUCUCGCCGCAAAAGCGGCCGGGCAUAACCAACCGCUUGACGCGCAUGUUCUCACAGCCCAAAAGUAUUUCCAAAGACACGGAUUCGGGAAAGGAAACAAAUCGUACAAAGGCUGGAGACCAAAGUAGCGCUUCUGAUACCGAUACAAGCGUUUCAAGUAAGGCUCGUCGUCCGGCUAUCCCAUCGCGACAGGGCUCCAUGACGGAUAAGAAGGGCGCAUCGAAUGGCUCCGAGGAGCGAAAACCCACCCCGACCGGAAGCAAGAAGGAUCAUGAUCCAGCAAACCCUGCGGGCGUUCGGCGCUUCGUGAUGCGCGAGGAUGGCACGCACGAACACCACCUCAAGAGCGCCAAGCGGCAGGAGAAACUCUCCGACAUGCUGAGGGACAUGCUGGGCAGCAAAAAGAAGGACGACCAUGGACACGGUGACGAUCAGCAGCUCUCGCUCAUGUCGAACUGGGUGGAUCAGCUCAAGAAGGAGAAGGAGCGUUUGCCUUCGGACAAAAGGGGCGGUCCCAAUGCCACCAUGAGCUUGGUCGAAAAGUAUGGCAAGUGUCAAGAGAUUGUCGGCCGCGGUGCUUUUGGCAUCGUGCGCAUCUCACAUAAGACGGAUCCCCGCGACAACCGGGUCGAGCAGCUCUACGCCGUCAAAGAAUUCCGCCGCCGGCCACAGGAGUCGCCGAAGAAGUACCAGAAACGUCUGACCUCUGAGUUUUGUAUAUCCUCGUCCCUGCGACAUCCAAAUGUCAUUCACACCUUGGAUCUGCUGCAGGACGCCAAGGGUGACUACUGCGAGGUCAUGGAAUUCUGCGCCGGAGGUGAUCUCUAUACCUUGGUUCUCGCGGCUGGCAAGCUCGAGGUGGCAGAGGCGGACUGCUAUUUCAAACAGUUGAUGCGCGGCGUCGAAUACAUGCAUGAAAUGGGUGUCGCCCACCGGGAUCUCAAGCCCGAGAAUUUGCUGCUGACCACUCAUGGCUCGUUGAAGAUCACCGAUUUUGGAAACGGCGAGUGCUUCCGAAUGGCUUGGGAGAAGGAGGCGCACAUGACAGCCGGCCUCUGCGGCUCAGCGCCCUAUAUUGCGCCGGAGGAGUAUGUCGAUAAGGAGUUUGAUCCCCGCGCGGUCGAUGUCUGGGCAACGGGUGUCAUCUACAUGGCAAUGCGGACCGGCCGCCAUCUCUGGCGGGUCGCCAAGCGUGACGAGGACGAGUUCUACGAACGAUACCUAGAAGGUCGCCGGGAUGAAGAUGGAUAUGGCCCGAUUGAGACCUUGCAUCGGGCCCGCUGUCGCAACGUCAUCUACUCCAUCUUAGAUCCGAAUCCAACCCGUCGGAUAACAGCUUCGCAAGUUCUCAAAUCUGAGUGGGGCCGAGAAAUCAAACUGUGCAAGGCAGGAGAGGAGGGUUUCUAA